AUGGCAAAUGCAUCAGAAAAUUUGGGGUAUGAAAUGGUCCAUGCUCCACCGAGUCCCACACGUUCCGUUGCUAAGGGCAACUUCCCACCUUAUGUAUGUGUAGAAAUGAGCCACAGCUGGUGGACCGCAAUGCACGCCGUCCCUCCCCCAUGCUCUCAUUGGAGGAAGUCCGGCGUCACUUGUAGCAGGAGAUCAGAGGAGAAUCUUAUAUCUUCAGAUUAUAAAGCAGAUGAUGAUAUCACACAAGAUACAUAUGAAGAACAUUCCAUUAUCCCAGAUACACCCUCAGCCCUUCACAGCCAAGAUCUGUCAUCUCAUCCUUAUAUACAGGUCCUGUCUUCUCAGUCAUCACAGAAAGAUCACAGAAGGGGUGUUGGACAUCAACGAGCUCAUACAGGAAAGAAACCAUAUUCUUGCUCAGAAUGUGGGAAAUGUUUUACUGACAAAUCACAUCUUGUUAAACAUCAAAGAACUCACACAGGGGAGAAGCCAUUUUCAUGUUCAGAAUGUGGAAAAUGUUUUAAUAAGAAAUCAAAUCUUGUUCAACAUAAAAGAACUCACACAGGGGAGAAGCCCUUUUCAUGCUCAGAAUGUGGGAAACGUUUUUCUUGCAAAUCAGAUGUUCCGCGACAUCAAAGAACUCACACAGGGGAGAAACCAUUUUCAUGUUCAGAAUGUGGGAAAUGUUUUACUGAUAAAUCAAAUCUUGUUCAACAUAAAAAAACUCACACAGGGGAGAAGCUAUUUUCAUGCUCAGAAUGUGGGAAACGUUUUACUUGCAAAUCAGAUGUUACUCGACAUCAAAGAACUCACACGGGGGAUAAACCAUUUUCAUGUUCAGAAUGUGGGAAAUGCUUUACUCAUCAUACAAGUCUUUAUAAGCAUAAAAUAACUCACACAGGAGAGAAGCCAUUUUCAUGUUCAGAAUGUGGGAAAUGCUUUCCUCAUCAUUCAAGUCUUUAUAGGCAUAAAAGCACUCACACAGGGGAGAAGCCAUUUUCAUGUGCAGAAUGUGGGAAAUGUUUUAUUCAGAAAUCAAAUCUUCUUCAGCAUCAAAGAACUCACACUGGGGAGAAGCAAUUUUCAUGUUCAGAAUGUGGGAAAUGCUUUACUCAUCAUACAAGUCUUUAUAAGCAUAAAAGAACUCACACAGGAGAGAAGCCAUAUUCAUGUUCAGAAUGUGGGAAGUGUUUUAAUAGCAAAUCACAACUUAUUCAACAUAAUAUAACUCAUACAGGAGAGAAGCCAUAUUCUUGUUCAGAAUGUGGGAAAUGUUAUACUCAUCAGCCAAGUCUUAUUAGACAUCAAAGAACUCACACAGGGGAAAAGCCAUUUUCAUGUUCAGAAUGUGGGAAAUGUUUUACUUUUAAAUCAGGUCUUGUUGUACAUCAACAAACUCACACAGGAGAGAAGCCAUAUUCAUGUUCAGAAUGUGGGAAAUGUUAUACUCAUCAGCCAAGUCUUAUUAGACAUCAAAGAACUCACACAGAGGAAAAGCCAUUUUCAUGCUCAGAAUGUGGGAAAUGUUUUAUUUUUAAAUCAGGUCUUGUUGUACAUCAAAGAACUCACACAGGAGAGGAGCCAUUUCCAUGUUCAGAAUGUGGGAAAUGUUUUGCUCAGAAAUCCUAUCUUGUUGUACAUCAAAGAACUCACACAGGGGAAAUGCCAUUUUCAUGUUCAAUAUGUGGGAAAUGUUUUACAUUUAAAUCAGGUCUUGUUAAACAUCAACGAACUCACACAGGAGAGAAGCAAUUUACAUGCUCAGAAUGUGGGAAAUGUUUUGCUCAGAAAUCAGAUCUUGUUAAACAUCAAAGAACUCACACAGGAGAGAAGCCAUUUCCAUGUUCAGAAUGUUGGAAAUGUUUUACUCAGAAAUCAGACCUUGUUGUACAUCAAAGAACUCACACAGGGGAGAAGCCAUUUUCAUGUUCAGAAUGUAGAAAAUGCUUUACUCAGCAAUCACAUCUUAUUCAACAUCAAAGAACUCACACAGGAAAGAAGCCAAUUCAGAGCAAUAAAUGAUGCAGAUAACUCAUCUAUAUAUUAACCAUGUACAUAGGAUAUCUGACAUUUAU